CUGUGGGGACGCGCAGAGACGCUACCUCUCCCCUGGUUAGCAUCUCUGUCUCCUCAAGCUUUCUUUUUUUUUAUUGUGGGACAGGAUAAGGAACCAACUGGACUGGGUACGUCUGAGCCACAGCGCCAAGUACUGUACACCAUUGCCUCCAGUGCUUCAGUGAAUUAUAUCAAAACCUUCACUGAACUAUGUCUGAUGUGAGCAGUUAUAAUGGUGUCAACGCGGGGAGUGAAGGUGAAGUUUAGCGAGGGAGAGAGAGUACUGUGCUACGAGCCUGACCCUACCAAGGCUAAGGUGCUCUAUGACUCCAAAGUUCUCCAAGUAGUUGCCAACAAAGAUGGUAAAGGGCGAAAGCACAUAGAGUACUUAAUCCAUUUUCAGGGCUGGAAUGCAUCUUGGGAUCGUUGUGUUUCUGAAGACUUUGUGCUGAAGGACACCGACGAGAAUAGGGAUUUGCAGCGUCAACUGGCCGAUAAAGCCCAGAUCAAAUUGUCGACCAAAUCCAACAGAGUGUUAAUAGGCGGACCAUUGUACAAGGAGCGGAGGAGGAAGAGGCGGCUGUCGGAGACCAUACGGGAGACAAUUGAGAAGGAGAAGCAGGAGAAGGAACAGCAAGAAGAGUCUGAGACAAGCUCCCAGACCGGAACCACGGGCACGGAGGACGAGGAGAUGGGCUCGGCUGUCUCGGAGGUGGACAGCACAACGGGCGGAGAGGAGGAAGAAGAAGAGGAGGAGGAGGAAGAGGAGGUGACGAGCGACGAAGAGACGAUUGAGCGCCACUUCCCCAUCGUCUUGCCAGAUAACCUAAAAGCUGUCCUGGAGAGAGAUUUCCACCUGAUUAAUGAGAAAAAUAAGCUGCUGGAUCUCCCUACACACAAGACCGCCCUGAGUCUAUUGGAGAACUACGUCAAGUUUUUUGCCGUCCGCUACUUGGCCAGGACGAAAGAGAAGAGAAGAACGGAGAUUAAGGAGAAAGACAAAUAUUUCCUGACCAGAUUCGAUUUGUGCAAGGAGGUGAUGGAUGGCGUUCGCAUCUGUUUCGACUUCCACAUAGAGACUCUUCUCCUCUACGCGAAGGAACGGAAACAGGCGGAACGUCUCAGAACGGCCCAACCCAUAUAUGAUAAAGGAGAACCCGAUGGAUACGAGCCGAUGUCAGUGGACGACAAGGACAGCCUGGAGACUAUGCCUAUGAACAAAGACGAAUUUGACAUUGAAGAGGCAAGGGAGAGACUGGAGAGCUCGCAAAAAGAUGAAGAAAGAAUUAAAGAGUCCACCGGCCGUCGUCUGUUGAGAUCCAAGAGACCUCCAUCUGGGGACUCUACCAGCACCGUGGAGAGGGAGAAGACCAGCACUGGCAUGGCCUGUGAGUCAGGACGGAGCACACCAACGACAGUUACCUCCGGGGCGAGCACAGCAGGCGUGAGUGGACUCGCCGGAGCCGACAUUAGCACGUCUAUUUACCGAGCCAUACCGCCACAGCUCCAAGACUGGACGUUACUUCCCGAGUCACACCGAGACCCGCCGCCUCCCUCAAUCCUCUACGGCCACAUGCACCUCCUUAGAUUAUUUGUGAAGCUUCCCGAGAUCCUGUUUCGUAUGAAUCUACCAGAGACGAAGAAGAAGAUCAUCAUCAAACACCUCGACUUGUUUAUUGAGUACAUCAGUAACCACAGUGAGGAACUCUUCUUGGAGUCACAGUAUGUGAACAACCUGGACGUGUAGAGCUGCCAGUGUUCACCACAUGGUACAACCUCCACUGUGAUGUGGGGCUUUGUGACCUCCACUUGUUGUUGGCUGUGAUAAUGCAAAAGAGUGAAAGUUCUCCCUGCAAAGUACAUUGUUGUGAGUGUUUCCAUGGUUUUCACCCGACUAGAUAAUUAGUUUGUUAGUGUUUAUGGUCAUAUGUGUUCAUAGGUUAAUUAAGAAAUAGGUUUUCUGUUGUAAGACUUAAAACAUAACAAUGUACCUGAGUUAUUGACCAGAAUUGUGCUCACACAAAUUUAAUGUCGUGGACCAUGUAUUCAGUAAUCAGCAAGCUCAGGAGUACCUAUAAUGUGAUUUUUAGCAAAAUCUAAUUUUUGGCCAAAAAUGUAAGUCUAAUAAUACCUUAAAUUUUUUGGACCAAAAUAUACUUUUUUCUCAGAAUUGAAAUUUAAGGGGUUUAACUAAUUAAGUACAUUCAGAAUAACACACAAACCCUAAAUCACACCUUGGAAUCCCAUAAUUGAUGAGUAAUUAGCAUUGAAAAAUGUCAUUCAAAUCUUAAGGGUCAUUAUGGCCACUAAUUACUCUGCAAAUGUAUCGUGGACCAUGUAGUCCUGAUCAGCAAGCUCAGGAGUACCUAGAAUGUGAUUUUUGGCAAAAUUUAAUUUUUGGACAAAAGCGUAAGUCUAAUGCCUUACAAAAUUUUUGACCAAAAUAUACUUUUUUCUCAGAAUUGAAAUUUAAGGGGUU